AUGGCUCUCCCCACGCGAUCAUUGUUGCGACGAGCAAUUCACCAGGCAAGCUCACUACCACCCACAAUCAAAGAACAGUUGGGCAUCCCUGCUGAAGACGGGAAAAUUGUCAAAACACACGGCUUUGUAAAGAGUAUUCGAAAAUCAAAGAAUGUGGGAUUCCUAGAUCUAACCGACGGUACAACUUCGCAAGAGCUAAAAGUCAUUCUACGUACUCAGAACCAACCCAAAUUCCAAGUGGGCCAAUCAGUAUCAAUCACGGGGGAAUGGAGUCGAAGCGCAGGAAAGGGACAAGACAAGGAACUUCGGUAUGACCCUGAAAACCCCAGACAUUCAUACCAGAUCAUCGGCUCGGUACCUGACGAUUACCCACUACAGAAAAAAGUCACCUCGAUGAGUUUUCUUCGAAGUUUGCCCUCGUUGAAGCACCGCACGGCAACAAUUGCCUCUUUUUAUAGACUCCGGUCAUUUUUAGAAGGUCAAAUGUUGCAAUUUUUCAACACGCGUGGUUUCACCAAGGUGUCACCGCCAAUCAUCACGAGCUCGGACUGCGAAGGUGCAGGAGAAACGUUCAAAAUAGCCAAGAGCGAGGACUUUUUCGGCAAGGCUGCCUACUUGACGGUGUCGACGCAGUUGCACAUUGAGGCCUUGGCCAUGGCGCUCAACCGCGUUUGGACGUUGACGCCUUGUUUCCGGGCCGAGGAGUCCAACACCACGAGACAUUUGAGCGAGUUCUGGAUGCUUGAAGCCGAAGUGUGCCACGCAAACAGCCUCGAGCAAAUCCUAAGUUUGACGGAGGACAUGAUUAGGUUUGUCACACAAAAAUUGGUGGACUCGAAAGAUGAGUACCUCCGUGGUGUGUACUUUGAUCCAGCUGUCGUGGAAGGUCGAUGGCUUUCACUCCUUGGUCCACGCAACAGGUGGCACAGAAUGACCUACAUCGAGGCGAUCGAGAAGAUCAAUGCAGAACACCAGGCGCGAUUGAAAUUCGGCGACUCUUUGCUGUUGGAGCAUGAGAGGUUACUAGCUCGCGACGGUCCAGUGUUUGUCACUGACUACCCGCAGUCGGUCAAGCCCUUUUACAUGUCGAAAUCGGCCAAUUUUGACGAAACUCAUCCUACGGUUGCAUGCUUUGAUUUGUUGCUACCUGAAUUCGGUGAGCUUGUCGGAGGCUCGUUGAGAGAACACGAGUACGAGACCUUGACCCAGACCAUGACGCGACAGGGAAUGAGCUUGGAUGAGAUGGAAUGGUAUACCGACUUGCGUCGUAACGGCACUGUGCCCCAUGGCGGAUUCGGUAUGGGAUGGGAACGGUUCAUCACCUAUCUCUCUGGUCACGAUAAUGUGCGAGACGUCAUUCCCUUCCCAAGAGCUCCAGGACUUUGCAAAGCGUAA